AUGACUACAAGUCCAGAGAAAGGUACUAGAAAGAGAGGAAGACCUCCAAUCACUAAGAAUUAUGCUAAUCCAUUGGAGAGUCCUUUAGCACAAUCUUCGAUGAAAGUACAGAGACAAGGUACGCACGUAUUUUCUAAACCAAUGAUGAAAGUCGGGCAACUGACACCUAACUCAAAGAAGAGAAGGAAUAGUAAUGCAGGACGAUUACAUUCUGAAUCAAAUUCACAUUCAAAUUCACCACUCAAAGGGGGACUUGCCGGAUCAAGUCCUUCAAAGAAUAACAUGGUUAAGAAGAUGGGUACUACUAAGAAUGGGAGGUAUAGAGGUAUAAUAUUGGCAACGCCGGAUAAGACUGAAUUACAGUCGACUAAUUCACCAUCAAGGGAUAAGAAUACAUUAAAUGAUAUGAGUAAACCAAAAUUGCUACCAAAUUGCGCACCUCUGACUCCCAUUACAGAUAAACCUGAAAUUAUGAAUGUGAUGAGUGAGAAGAAAAAUGAACAUUGCAUAAAUUUUUCUUUAUCAUUAAAUAUAAAUUCUAACGGGAAAGCAACAAUAGGGUCAUCUCCCAACGAUCUAUCAAAACCAGAACAACUUCAUCAAAUUAAGGAUUUUAUCUCCCCAAUAAAAAAAGAACAUCAUCAAAUCACAAAUUUCCAAAAGAAGGACGUAUUGUUCUUAUUAAAGAAAAUGAAGACCCAUGCGUCAAAUAAAUAUAAGAAGUCUACGAUCUCAAAGGACAGCAUAACAAAAGCAAAGAUUUUAUCAUUACCCAAAAAAGGACCUUUAAAGUUAGAAAAGGCAUUUAGUAGUGGUCCAGCGAUAAAUGAAUCUGGAAGUUCUUCAAAGGAUAGAAUAUCAGAUCCUAAAGCAUUGAUACCAUGUACUCCGCCUGCUCCGGGACCUAUGUCCCCAGGAAAUUUCUUUAGUUCUCAAUGGAAAACUGGAUUAACACCAAAUAUAAAUGGAUCAUUAGGAAUCCUGUCGCCCUUUCGGAUGAGCCUUGGAAACAGUCAUACCGUAUCUGUUGCUCCUCAGCCUUUGAAUAUAAAGGUCAAUGAAGGUAUACAUAAUGGUAUUGAUGAACAGUUUAUUUCUGUUAAAACUUAUAAUGGUAUGUCGAAAAUUGAGCCUCUUGAUGACGGAAUUAAAAAAUCAUCUGGGGAAGGCACCAAGCAGUAUGGCUUUAAAUAUUUUGUUGGUGAUCCGCUUCUCUUAAAUGAUGAAUCAGAGAUAGGCGAGCAGGUUUGGCAAGAGAAUAUUAAUAUGAGAACUAAUGUUUUAUCACCAGAACAUACGAAGGUAUUUAAUACCCCACCAUCCUUUGUAAAUUUUGGGUCACCUGGGAGUCUGUUGUUCAGUCCUCCAACUCAAAGGAGAAAUUCUAGUAUAUUAGCAGUUAAUAAUGUCGAUAGCAUGGAACAGCAUGCACAUAUUACAAUGUUAAAGAAUCAUCAACAAAAGAUUAAUUCUUCAGGAAAGAUUGGAAACAGUGCAUUGAAGUUACCUGCGUAUAAGAGCCCGGUAGUACCUAUAACUUUAAAAAAUAAACAAAAUAAAAGUGGCAUAGAGUUACCGAUGCUUGACGUAGCCCAUUAUGAGCUUAGGGAAAUCGGUCCUCCUGGAAAUUUUCAAGCAAAUAACCCACCUUCGGAAGAUCUUCCACCAUUAAUGCCCCAUUCAGUAAAUACUAUUAAUAAAAGGCAACAGUUGAAUAGUAUUCAUGAAAUCGAUUAUGCAUCAAAGGCAAGAAUUGAUAAGAAUUUGAAAGUCCCUGAUUUUAGUGAUUCAAAUCCAGAUAAGAUGGAUGAUGCAGGUAUGGCGUUAAAGAACCUGAUUAAGGAUGAUAAAUCUAUUUCUGAUCAAGUCUAA